UAUGUAAUAGUAGAAAUAUGUCGUCGGUUACUAAUAAUUAUGUGUCAAAACAAGUUUCCGGGUACUAAUAAGUAUGUAUCCAAACAAGUUUCGUACUAUAACCUCUAUUUUCCACGUGUUCUUAAAAUGUUCAUGCUACAAAACUUAAUUGUAUUUACGAUAACUAGUAUUGUAGUGAUAGCAUUUUCUAGCUAUCUUAAAUUUAUACAUUUUUUCAAUAGUUUCACGUAUCAGUAUUUUAAUAAUAUUGUCGAUUUACAGAUAUACGAUUACAUUAUCGUUGGAGCAGGCACCGCAGGUGCAACAAUAUCUGCAAGGCUAGCAGAGUAUGGGUACAAGAUCUUAUUGCUUGAAGCUGGUGGGGUUCCACCACCUUUUCUGGAUAUUCCACUUUUAGCUCCUUUAAUUCAAAAUAGCCCAUACGAUUGGCAAUACACUACUGUGCCUCAACAAAAUGCUUGCAAGGGCUUAAUCAAUAAUCUAAGUAGAUGGCCAAUGGGUAAAGUUCUUGGUGGAACUAGUCGUUUAAAUUAUAUGCUGUAUGUACGAGGACAUCCUACUGAUUAUGAUGAAUGGCUACCAGAUUUCACUGAACCCAUUACACAGUAUGGUGGACCAAUGAAGGUAAAUAAUUUAAAAUGGCACACUCUUCUCUCUAAUACAAUCUUAAAAGGAUUGGAAGAGUUACACCAAAGUAUUGGUAACAUUAACAAGGAUUUAAAAAUUGGUUUCAUGAAACCACAGCUAUCUAUGGAAAAUGGUUCACGAUGGAGUACAGACAAAUUAUUGUACAAAGAUUUUCAAAACAGAAUUACUGUUAUUACUCAUGCACACGUUGAAAAAGUAUUGAUAGAAUCAAAUAGAGCAGUAGGGGUACAAUUUGAGGCCCUGAAUAAAGUAUUUCAAGCCAUUGCAAAAGAAGGUGUCAUUAUUAGUGCCGGUGCUAUUGGGACUCCUAAAAUAUUAAUGUUAUCUGGUAUUGGACCGAGAAAACACCUAGAAGAUUUAGAAAUAAACGUUAUUAAGGAUUUACCAGUUGGUCAACAUUUAGUAGACCAUAUACUUACUGGAAUUGACUUAGUUACAUUGAAUGAAACUGUUGGUUUGAACAUGGCUGAUACUUUAAAUCCUAUUUCAGCAAUGAAGUACUUUCUUUUUGGAGAAGGUCCUUGGACAUCUACAGGAGUUGAAGUUCUAGGAACAUUUCAUAGUUCAUUUAAGACAAACAUAACAGAUGUACCAGAUUUACAAAUAAUGGCAAUGCCACUUGGAGUAUCAAAGGAUAAUGGAAUUGUGUUGAGAAAGGCUAUGGGAAUUUCUGAUAAGGUUUACAAUGAAUACUUUGCUCCCCUUGCUUAUAAGAAUACAGUAACAAUUGCUCCAGUUCUGCUACAUCCAAAAAGUACGGGAGAAGUUAAAUUACACAGUACUAAUCCUUCUGAUCCACCACUAAUUAAUCCAAAAUACUUAACAAAUAAGGAUGACAUUGCACUUCUUGUUGAUGGAUUACAAUUUGUAAAGAAACUCGUUAGAACAAAUGCUAUGAAAACUCUUGGUGCAUCCAUUUAUGAAAAACAUUUUCCUGGUUGUGAAAAAGAAAAGUUUGAUAGUGUAAAGUACUGGGAAUGUUACAUACAACACUUAACUUUAACUUCUUAUCAUCCUGCUGGAACAUGCCGGAUGGGUGAUGUUGUUGACCAAAAGUUCAAGGUUUAUGGCAUGAGAAAUUUGUAUGUAAUAGAUGCAUCUGUACUACCAUCAUUACCAAGUGGUAAUAUUAAUGCUGCAGUUUUAAUGCUUGCAGAGAAAGCUGCACAUACAUUUAAACAAACUGCAGAAUUUCACUUAAAUGAUAAAACGUGUUACAACCCAUACAGUUGUUAUUCAGAACAUACUAAUUGCUUUAACACUUUACCGGUCGCUGUCACGUACACGUGAUUAUCAUUCCGAUGUUUGCAAAGUAUUAAUAUAUGAAAUAAAAUAACUCUUAUCAGAUUCUUACUUUAAUUCAAUAAUAUAUACUUUCAUGACGAAAAGUUAUUUUGUUAUUAUUGCAUCCAAUACACGAGAGUGAAAAAGGUGUAAGAUUAAUGAUAAUAUAAUCAAUAAUAAUGCACAGUAAGUUGUUAAGAU